UGAGUUCAGAGAAACUGAAACUGAAGUGCAGAUGAGCUGUUGUGUGUGUGUCUCUGUAUUCAUGCAGUAAAAUGGCAGAAGCCAGAUUUUCUCAGGAUGAGUUCAUGUGUCCAGUAUGUCUGGAUCUCCUGAAGGAUCCAGUGGCCAUUCCCUGCGGACACAGUUACUGUAAGAGCUGUAUAACAAGCUUCUGGGAUCAGGAGGAUGAGAAGAGAGUCUACAGCUGCCCUCAGUGCAGACAGACCUUCAGUCCAAGACCUGCUUUAGGUAAAAACACCAUUCUAGCUGAAAUGGUGGAGAAACUGAAGAAGACUAAACUUCCUGCUGACUGUUAUGCCGGAGCCGGAGACGUGCAGUGUGAUGUCUGUACUGGAAGAAAAUACAAAGCCAUCAAGUCCUGUCUUAUGUGUCUGGAGUCUUACUGUCAAACUCAUUUUGACCGUCAUGAGGAAUUUCACUCUCGUAAACCACACAAAGUGAUUGAUGCCACUGGACGACUGCAGGACAUGAUCUGCCGUAAACAUGAUAAACUCCUUGAGGUUUUCUGUUGCACUGACCAGAAGUGUAUAUGUAUGCUGUGUAUGAUGGAUGAACAUAAAAACCAUGACACUGUAUCAGUUGCAGCACAGAGGACAGAGAAACAGAAACAGCUGAAGGAGACGCAGAUGAAGAUCCGUCAGAGAAUCCAGCAGAGACAGAAAGAUCUUCAGCAGCUGAGAGAGGCUGUGAAGUCUCAUAAGCGCUCUGCACAGACAGCAGUGGAGGACAGUGAGAGGAUCUUUACUGAGCUCAUCCGCUCCAUUGAGAGGAGCCGCUCUGAGGUCACACAGCUGAUCAGAGAUCAGGAAAAGGCUGCAGUGAGUCGAGCUGAAGGACGACUGGAGCGACUGGAGCAGGAGAUCAAUGAUCUGAGGAGGAGAGACGCUGAGCUGGAGCAGCUUUCACACACACAUGAUCACAUCAAAUUCCUGCAGAGUUUCCAGUCUCUCUCAGCACCUCCUGAAUCUACACAUGAACCCGGUGAUCCCUUCAGUUCUCUCUCUUUUGAUGGCAUGAGAGAAUCUGUCCGUCAGCUGAGAGACAAACUGGAGGAUUUCUGCAAAGAGGAGAUCAAGAAGAUCUCUGACAGAGUCACAUUCACCAACAUUGUUCCCAGGACCAGGAACGACUUCCUACAGUAUUCCCAUCAGCUCACUCUGGAUCUGAACACAGUGAAUAAACGCCUCUGUCUGUCUGAGAGGAACAGAGUGAUUAAUAACACUGGCACAGAGCAGCCAUAUCCUGAUCAUCCAGACAGAUUUGAUCCAAGGUGGCAGGUGUUGUGUAGAGAGAGUGUGUGUGGACGCUGUUACUGGGAGAUUAAGUGGAGUGGGAGUGUGUAUAUGUCUGUGUCAUAUAAGAGCAUCAGCAGGAAGGGAGGGGGUGAUGAGUGUGUGUUUGGAUAUAAUGAUCAGUCCUGGAGUUUGUACUGCUCUUCCUCCAGAUACUCAUUUUGGCACAAUAACAUACGCACUGAUCUCCCUGUAAAGUCCAUCAGCAGUAGAAUAGGAGUGUAUGUGGAUCACAGUGCAGGAACUCUGUCCUUCUUCAGCAUCUCUGACACAAUGAGACUCAUCCACACAGUCCAAACCACAUUCACUCAGAUGCUCUAUCCUGGGUUUUGGGUUGGUUCAGGAUCAUUAGUGAAACUGUGUUGAUGAAUCAGAAUAGAUCAUAGAGAGAUUUUACCCACAACUCUUUCAUUCAUUCAUUACAUUAAGUCUCCAUUCCUGGGGGCAAACACAAAUAUCUGUAAAAUCUUAAUUCUAUGGAGAAAGUUUUUUUUUUUUUUUUUUUGCAGUGUAAAUAUUGUAUUAUAUUAUGUUGUUUAACCCUUUAAGACUUGAAGGCUUUUUUAGAGGUUUUUUUUUUUUUUUUUCUUUCUGAGCGACAUACACAAAAGUAAAGACUCAUAACUCCAAAACUGUAGCAAGGAGAGUCAAAAGGUAGGUAUCAUUUGAUAGAACACUUUUUAAAUUCUUAGAAAAUAUAAAUUACAUUACAUUUGGACAUUUUCAUGCUGAGAAACCGUUGAUAAAAGACAAAAAAUAUCUAUAAUGUUUUUUAUAAUUUUUCUUUUUUUUUUAAAUUUGACAUGGAAUAACUCAGGAAGGCAAUAAGAUCGGAGAAAAAAUCUUUUUUGGUGAUGCUCUUCUAUAUGUGAGCUGCAUCUGGUUCAAAUGUACAAAUUUGUGGUUAUGGCAUAAAAUAUAGUUGAAUAAAGUGUUAUUCAUUUUUUCACAGCCAGAUGGCGCCCUCGGGUGGUAAACUCCGUUUUAGAGGCACUUCUCAGUCGUUAGGAGUUUUUCAAAAUGAUUAGAUGCACUAAAAAGCUGAGUUUCUAAGCUUUAAAAUGAUAUCUAUUUUGUGUUAUAUAUGGUCCAGGAACAUUGGAUACACACUGCAUACCGGAAAGGUGAGAGAGAUGUUUUUAGCCAAGUCAGAAUGGCCACUUCUAGUGGCAAUUACUAAGCUCUCAGGGAGCCAAUAUAAAACCAAACUAAUCAGUGAGGUUAACUUAUAGCUCAGCCUGAGCUAAAUAUCAAACAACACAUUCCAACAGGCAAUGUACUCAGUAAAGCACUUAACACACUUAAAGCAGACGAGUACAAAAAACUCCGCCAACAUGCUCCAAAAGGAGGCCCAGAUUGGUCAUGGACCAUUGGAUUGGUCAUUGGUCAAGCCUGCGCCAUCAUGUUCUUAAAGGAGGCCCAAACCAGGGUCUGCGACUCCAGAAGACAUGUGGCGUCAGCUAGUGGCAUCUGUCUAAGCUCUAAGGGAGCCUAAUCUGAGAACCAAACAAUAAAGUGAGGUUACCUAGCUAAACUCAACUUGAGCUUAAAUCUACACAUUCCAACAGGCAAUGAACUCAGUAACAACACUGUAAACCCUGAAGUAGGGGAGUACAAAGAAAUAUGUUAUCGUGCUCUGAAGGAGGCCCAAAACCGGCCUACCACCUCAACAGACACGGACAUAAACCUGUGGCAGUGUCUAAAUUCUAAGUGAGCGAAACUCUGAACAAAAACAUCCGCCAACAAGAGCUUGUGACACUUACAAGCUACAGUGCUUAGAAAGAGGCUUAUCUGACGAAAGCCUUCAACUCCCAAAAAUGCAACAAAAUUCUUGUGGCAGUGUUUGAACUCUAAGGGAGCUAACAAAGGAACUAAACUGACUAGUGAGGUUCCCAAGGCGAACUCAACCUGAGCAAUGCAUUCCAGCAGGCCAUGUACUCAGUAAACACCUUUACUCUUAAUGCAAGGGGAGUACAAAAUAAUCACCACGCUCUGAAGGAGACCAUAAACAAGCCUACUAUUACAGAAACAGGUGCUAACCUGUGGCAGCAAUAGAGUAGCUCACAUUGUGUAGGGCAAAAACUAAAACUUAAAGCAUAAAAGUGAUGCUUUAUUUUCAUUCAUGCCAUCCUGAACACAAGGAUGGAUGCCUUAAACCAACCAGAAUUUUAUACAUCUGUACUGAACCCUAGGGAACAGGAGCUGGACAAAGCUGACACUGUUACACUCAAACUUGAAUGUUAAUUCAAGGGGUUCAAGGGAAAGGCAAACACAGUAUGAAUGAAAAUUCUACACAAGUGGGGCCUACGCAACACUAGCAUUCUCUUAUCUACCUAAAGAUAAGGGGCCUAACACCUGAGACAACGGCACCAGGGAGGCUAAUGAUAGCCUUCUACCUUAGCUGCUAUCUAUCUUGCACCUACACUACAAGUGGUAAAGGGCUUUUUGGCCUGACAACUCAGAAAGAGGAGGCCAGAACUAGGAAACUAUACAACCUAACAAGGGAAGUAAUGAUAAAAGGGGGAAUGCAAAGCAAACACCUAACCCUAGUUCUUAGCCUAGGCCAGCUAAGCUGUGGGCCCAUAGGGCCACACAUAAGCAUAGAUCUGCCUGGGGCUAAAACUCGGCCUACAAACUCAUGAAAGAAGAGGCUACUCUAAACUCUAAAAUAAGAGCUCAAAGGAGCAAAGCUCAACCCAAGCAAACAAUGUCAGGCGGCCCAGGAGGCCGACACUAGACAUAGAUCUAUCUGAAGUAAAGAGUGCUAACCUUAAAACCUCAAAACUUUUUACUAUCAAGCCAGAAGGUGGGCCAUCAGAAUCAUAUUCAUCAUGGGCCCUGUCCUCAGCCUGACUGUAAGAAAGCCUGAGCGUGUUGCAUUUUAAAAUUCCAUGACCAGGAGGUGGAAGAAGAGAGGAGAGGGUAGAAGAGAACUACCCUCGCAGAGAGGAAACCAAUCACUGACGCUGCUGGCGUUUGUGGUUGAUUACCUCCCUCAGAUCCUGCAUCUUCUUCCUAGAGUCCCGCCUUCUCUGGGACUUACUCCAAGGAGGAGGAGGUGCCCGAGAGGCAACAGUGGACCUCUGGCCCUGUCUCCGAUCCUCGAAUCGUGACAGGCCAGGACCUCCUGUCUGUCUGGGCCCAGGAUCGGAUCUGAGCGGUAUGCAGUUCUUAAACGCUGCCGAGCGCGCCUUCGCCUCUCUGAAUUUUUCCACCACCGCCUCGACGGAGGUACCAAAACGUUCAGAGGGCGAAACCGGUGCAUCGAGGAGAAAGCCCUUUUCUUUCUCCCCGAUGUCAGCCAGGUUCAACCACAGGUGUCUCUCCAUGGCCACCAUCACUGCCAUCGAUCUUCCAAUCGAAGCAACGGUUUGCUUUGUGGCCCGGAGAGCCCGCCUCAGGGGUCCUUCAGCAAGUCAGCUUGGUAGGCCUGUAACACCGCCAUGGUGUGUAAGGCCGCACCAGCCUGACCCGCUGCUGUGUAUGCCCUGCCAUUUAAGCGAGAGGUGGUCUUAAGGGGCUUAGAAGGCAGGACCAGAGCUUUCAGUAUUGGGGCCUGCCCAGUGAUGAGAUAGUUCGCAAACAUCUCGUCAAUAGGGGGCAUCGACACAUACCCAUGUUGGCUCAAUCCCUCCACAUCAGCGAAAUUCCCCCGCUGAUGCAGAUGAAUACGAGCCGAAUAUGGGUUCUUCCAUGCCUUCUCGAUCUCCACAUGAAGAUCAGGAAGGAAUGGAAGGCUCACGGGGGCUGCUUUGUUAUGGCCAGAAAGGAAUCACUCAUCAAGCCGUCCGCAUGCGGCCCCUCUCUUAACGCGCUCCCAUGGCAGCUGCAGUCUGCCAGAAGCGCGUUCCAUAACUUCAAGCAGCUCCGCAUACGCAGGGCAGGGAGGCUUUGAAGUUUCAGCAGGCUCACCUGCUUCCUCUUCAACAGCCAUCUCCUGCUCUUUUGGGCUUUCAGCCAGAAGAGCACUUGCUGCUGGAUCUGACAAUGUCAAAGACAAGACAUCGUCAUCAUCCAACAGCUCACCCUCGUCAGCCACAGAGGGUUGAGAGAGAUUUAUAUCUCUCUCAAAUUCCUCCGCGAGCUCCAUCUGCGAGCCCCAUGAUUUCAGCCGCCGCUCUGCCUCAGCACGAGCGGGGCCAGAACCACCAGGCACCGAUGCCGGCUCCUCUCCCCUCGAGAAGAGGGCCAGACGAGAGCGGAGCGUUCUCAUUGGUAGACGCUCACAAUUCGCACAGACAGCACCCUCAAGCACUGUCCAUGCGUGCUCUUCUCCCAGACAGAAAAUGCACAGAUUGUGUGUUGUAAUCGCCAAACAGACAAAACAGUCCCUGAAGACGAAAACACACUGACUGGUUCUCUAGGCACCCCUUAUAUACUUCCGGGUCGUGCUAUGAUGACGUCAUAGGCUGUCGCCGGCCAAUAGGAUUGGUAGGAUUUGACAAUUGCUUUCAGACACCGGUUCACGUGAUAGCAUUCCCCAUAUGCGUUUCAACGCAGUGUAGAGUUCCCUUUCGAAAGGGAACUGGACAUUUUAACGUUUCCAUAACCAAAACAGAAUGUUUGGAAAAUGUUCUUAGAACAAAAAUUUGUUAGUUGGGAUGGUAUGGGGAUAACACAAGCUUGUCUUGAAAAAAGGUUGUUGCUAACACGUGUUUAAAUGGGACUACAGAGGUUAUUGGUGACAUUAAACAUCAAGUUGAACACGUAAACUCAUCUACUCACUAGUCACUUUCACAGCCUCGUGUUUAUAAUCAUCACGCUCUUGCAAACUACUGUAACUCUAGCUUUAGGGAAAAUGUUUAAAUAAGGGCUGAAUAAACUGUCAAAAGCUUA